AACUGACACCUCAUUCUUAUUUUUUGUCAAUUCUUGUCGAAGUUGUUUUGUGGAUUGUGAUUGUUAUUUAUCCUCUUUAUAUUGUUAUUUUGUCUUUUUGAUUUAUCGGAUAAUUUAUAUUUCAUGACACUACGUAUAAGUUGCCUGUCAAAUUAAAUAAGUGGAAUCACCUGAGAAUUAGAAAAAUUACUUAUUGAUGGGGAACUCUGGAUUGAAACAACAUUAUGAAACUGCAUCAAAGACAGGUGUUCUACAAAUUUCUAAUCACAGACUCAAAGAAAUACCCGAAGAAGUCCUUAACUUAGCAGACCAUCUUAGAAAUUUGGAUUUAUCAAAAAAUAAAAUUUCAAGUAUUGCGGAUGAUAUAAGUAAGCUGAAAUUGUUAAAACAGCUUAACUUAAACACUAAUUCAAUUCACGAUUUACCCAACUCGAUAUCUAAUCUGAAAAAAUUAGAAAUGUUAAACAUUUCUUCUAACAGCAUAUCAAAGCUUCCUGAUUCCUUUUCACAGUUAACCAAUUUGAAACAAAUUUAUUUGAGCAAUAACAAGUUUAAAAUGUUUCCUGUACAACUAUUUGGCUUAAAGAAUUUAGAGGUUGUUGAUAUUUCAAACAAUAAGAUUGUUGAAAUUCCAAGUGGCAUGGUUAAUUUUUAUGCAGCUGAGCUGAAUUUGAGUCAGAAUGAGAUUACAAGCCUCGCUGAAGAUUUUCAUCAAGCUCCAAGGCUAAAAAUAUUGAGAUUAGAAGAAAAUUGUUUGUGUCUCGAUGCAAUACAACCUAGUUUACUAAGAGAUUCAAAAAUACACACUAUUAACCUAGAUGGAAAUCUUUUUGAAGCCAAGCAAUUAGCUUCAGUUGAAGGAUAUAAUGAGUAUACUGAACGAUACACAGCUAUGAAGAAAAAAAUGUUUUGAUGUUUUACGAAUACCAUAUUGUUGUCAAAGGGCACAAAAGUGUUAAUUUGCAAUUUAUUUUUUUAUAAAACUUAUAAAUGCAGCACUUAGCACCUUGCUUUAGGGCUUUAAAUUAUGUUAUGAAUUGCAUGUAAAUUUUACCAUAGACAUGAAUGAUAUACCAAGUUGUAAAUAUUAUUUAUUUAAUGAAGUUAUUUUAAUAAAUUUUGCUAUAAAUACUA